CCCUCCCCAGGGCGGGGAAGGGGGUGGGCCAGCUAGUUCUCCUCCACCCCCCCCCAGCCCCUGGGAGAACUAGCUGGGUGGAGGGUGGCCCGUGCCAAGAGAUGGGGGGCGGUGGCAGCCACGGAAGAGACUCCAGGAGGUGACUGCCUGGUUUCCAUUAGGGAGCCGUGGUCGGCAUUUCAGGCAAGACGGCAGAGCUGGGGCUGGCUAUGCGGCUGAGCCUACCGCUUCUGCUCCUGCUGCUGUCCGGCCCCCCACCCACGUCCGGCAUGGAGGAUGCCGCCUUCCCCCACUUGGGGGAGAGCUUGCAGCCCCCGCCCCGGGCCUGCCCCCUGCGCUGCUUCUGCCCCCGGGCAGACACGGUGGACUGCAAUGGCCUGGACCUGCAGGUGUUCCCAGACAACAUCACCAGGGCAGCUCAGCACCUCUCCCUGCAGAACAACCAGCUCCAGGAGCUCCCCUACAAUGAGCUGUCACGCCUCAGCAGCCUGCGGACCCUCAACCUCCACAACAACCUCAUCUCCUCCGAGGGGCUGCCCGAUGAGGCCUUUGAGUCCCUCACCCAGCUGCAGCACAUCUAUGUGGCCCACAACAAGCUCUCGGUGGCCCCCCAGUUUCUGCCCCGCUCCCUCCGAGUUGCAGACCUGGCUGCCAACCAAGUGACAGAGAUCUUCCCGCUUACCUUCGGGGAGAAGCCCGCGCUCAGGUCCGUGUACCUCCACAACAACCGGCUGAGCAACGCCGGCCUGCCCCCCGACGCCUUCCACGGCUCCGAAGCUGUAGCCACCCUCAGCCUCUCCAGCAACCGGCUCAGCUACUUGCCGCCCAGUCUGCCGCCCUCCCUGGAGCGGCUCCACCUGCAGAACAACCUCAUCUCCAAGGUGCCCCGAGGAGCCCUGAGCCGCCAGACCCACCUCCGUGAACUCUACCUCCAGCACAACCAGCUGACGGACAGUGGCCUGGAUGCCACCACCUUCAGUUUUAUUAUCCAAACAUCAUCACCGCCACAUGCGAUCUCGGACCCAGAACUCUGUCCUGCACCUCCACGUCCAACCAUCAGGCUGGAAUCUGCCCUGACCUCAGCACGUGUGCCUCCUGCCCAUGUCUCUCAACUCAACCAGCCCCCAGUUGGGGUCUCCAGCUUCUAUCUCAGGACCACUCCUCAACCCCCGCCCCCAAGAGCCACCUGGCCCCCGCUCUGGGCACCCAGCCCAACGCCGGCCCUCUCUCCCGCCAGCAAGCUGCAGCACCUCGAGUACCUGGACCUGUCCCACAACCAGCUCGCCUCGGUGCCCGCUGGUCUGCCCCGCACCCUGGCCGUGCUGCACCUGGGCCGCAACCGCAUCCGGUGGGUGGAGGCGGCCCGGCUGCGUGGGGCUCGGGGCCUGCGCUACCUGCUCCUGCAGCACAACCAGCUGGGAGCGACGGGGCUGCCUGCUGGGGCGCUGCGGCCGCUGCGGCGCCUGCACACGCUGCACCUCUACGGCAACAGGCUGGAGCGCGUGCCCCCGGCGCUGCCCCGCCGCCUGCGGGCUCUGGUGCUGCCACACAACCACAUGACGGCACUGGGUGCCCGUGACCUGGCCGGCAUGCCGGGCCUGGCUGAGCUCAACCUGGCCUACAACCGCCUGGUCAGCGCCCGUGUGCACCGCCGGGCUUUCCGCCCGCUGCGUGCCCUGCGCAGCCUCGACCUGGCCGGCAACCAGCUGACCCGGGUGCCCGGCGGCCUGCCCGGCAGCCUGCACACCCUGCGGCUACAACGCAACCAGCUACGGACCCUGGAGCCUGAGCUGCUGGCCGGCCUGGACCAGCUGCGGGAGCUCAGCCUGGCGCACAACCGGCUCCGCAUUGGAGACAUCGGGCCCGGCACCUGGCACGAACUACAGGCCCUCCAGGUGCUGGACCUCAGUCACAACGAGCUGUCCUUCGUGCCCCCUGACCUGCCCGAGGCGCUGGAGGAGCUGCACCUGCAGGGCAACCGCAUCAGCCACGUGGGCGCCGAAGCCUUCCUCAGCACGCCCCGCCUACGCGCCCUCUUCCUCAGGGCAAACAGGCUUCACAUGACCAGCAUUGAGCCUGAGGCCUUCCUGGGCCUCCUGCACCUGAGUGUGGUGGAUACGGCGGGGAACCCCGAGCAGGUCCUGGUCCGGCUGCCACCCGCAGCCCCACGUCAGCCACGGGUCUUGAGGGCUGGGCUGCCUGAGCUAUGCCGCCGGGAGGCUGGGACAAGGGCACCGCCACCACACACAGGGCGCCCUGGGAGAGGCCGAAGCGUGCAGCUCGCACACCAGGCACACAGACAACGCCAACCCUGCCGGACACACGGACACACGCCCCGCUCCCCGUGCAGGUGGAGACAGCAACAAUAAAGCCUAACCCUUUCAAGUGCUCACCACCCACCAGCUGCCCUUCACCUUGCAGGAGGGGCUCUCACCGUCCCGCAGCCAGCUGAGGAAGGUGAGGCCGUGGGAGGCUAGGAGGGUCAGGUGACUUGGUCUCAUAGCCUGUGAGCCUCGGGGCUGGCUCUCAAAGCCCCAAGACACAUGUGAGUCACCAGGAACUACCAUGUAAAGCCUGACCAUGCCUGUAAACCCAAAUACGCCCAAGGCCACCGGCGACAGACACACACAGCAUGGCAGAUGCCCCGAAACAGCCCCGGGCCCUCACACGCAUCCCUGCAG